AUGACCACAGCACCUCAAUUAUUCGUCGAGGUCAAAGGAUAUCUGGAACUGGUUAACACGGUGGAUGAGAAAGGUAACUAUACUGACGAGAAGCCGUUGCUGACGAAGUUGAUAAAUGCUCCUCCACCGAUGACGAAGGAGGAGGCGGAGGCGACUCGGAAGGAGGCGGAGGAUGCGCGGAAAGCUGAGGAGGAGGCGAAAGCGGAGGCAGAGCGUGUGAAGCAGGAGUCUGAAAAGGCGGCUGCGGAGUUGGAGAAGAAGGCGACUGAGCAAGGCGCGAAGCACAAGCAGGCUUUGGAGAGGGUGCGGAAGGACGAGGCUGCGUUGAAGGAGGAGAAGGCGGAGUUUGAGAAACAGAAAGUUGAGUUGGAGAAGGCGAAGAAGCAGACGGAGGCGGAGGUACGGAAGCAGAAGGCGGUUUCGGAUGUAGAGAUUGCCAAGCUGAAGAACGAGUUGAAGGCCGCGAAGGGUGCUGCAGACAAGAAAUUGGAAGAGGCGGUGAAAAAGCAAGAAGCUAAGGCGGAAACGGAAAAAAGGGCGGCGGCAGAGCUGAAACGCAUGGCCGAUCAACAGGUGGAGCAGUUGAAGCAGGACCUACAAGAGCUACGGACCAACUUCGACAAGCUCAAGGAGGAGGCCGAGGCGGCUAAAAAGGCGGAGGCCGAGGCGACUAAAAAGGCGGAGGCCGAGGCGGCCAAGCGAGCGCAAUCUUCCGCUCCGGGGAGCAGUUUAGCGCAGCCGACAGAGGGCGACAUGUUUGAACAGCUCAGCUCAGGCGCCGAUUCGAUAGCUACGGAUCAACCUGCCGGCGACUCGGCAGGAGCAAAUAACGUAGAACGACUGCUGGCUGAACACGAGUCGUGGCGCAAACAAUUUUUGGGGCAGAAGGCCAUCGAAGUAGGAAUGCCGGACAGCGUGAAUAACACAGUGACAGUCAUUGAGCAAACCCUAGCUGUUCGAGGACAGGAAAGAUACCCAGCCAAGUCUCACUUUGUUCGCACAAAAGAUGAUGAACUAGUUUAUCGCACGGCCAUGAAGUCCGACCCCAAGACGAAGGAAGCCCUUCUCAAGAUGCUUAGCGAUAAAAAAUUCAGUGCCAGACAGUAUAAACCCAAUGUCGACGACUACAUCACAGGACGAUUGGCCAACAAGCAAAUCCCUCGUCCCGGUCUAUCUGCACCGGGUCAAGCAGGCUUGACCAAUCAAGCAGGCGUUAUCGAAUCGCGAAGGACAAGACAUGCCGAGCAAAUCCCCAGCCACUCCACCGCCGGUGGGAGCGGGCGAGGCUCCUGCAAUUGGAUGGCUAUGCAAAGAAUGCUGCAACUGCGGGUCAUCACCGGCCUCGCCCCCGUCCUGACAGUGGCCUUGAUAGUGGAAGGACUACAUAGCGUGCGACUGCGCGCAAUGAGGUGUGUGCACACACUCAUAGGAUGUGUGGCUCAUAGGAUGCACGACGUGGGUGAAGGCUACGAUUAUGUCAGACGCUGGCUACGUCGUCAGAAGGUGGCUCAUUAUAAAGAGCCCCUUAUAAAGGGCCAAUGA